AUGGUCACAUACGCCCUACUUGGCGCCACUGGGGCUACUGGCUCCAGCAUUCUACGUCACCUGCUUCAGAAAUCACCCGAUUCUCUUCGCAUUCAAAUCCUCGUUCGGUCAAAAGCCAAGUUGCUACAAGCGUUCCCAGCUCUCGACACGACAAGAAACCCACAAAUCCAUAUUAUACAAGGAACGUCUACAGACUCCGAUGCUUUGACUGAGUGCCUGAGGAAUGCUAGUAUUGCAUUCAUGUGUGUGGCGCAGAAUGGGAGCCCAAUUGGCACCACAUUGUGCCAGGAUACUGGCCGUGCCAUCAUAUCCGCGCUCCAGCGACAACAGCAGGCCCGGGGGCCAAAUUACCAGCCAUGUACAAUCGUUCAACUUCGUUCAGCCUCUUUGAACCCUGUACUGGCGGCCCAGGUACCGGCCUUCGUUCAUUGGAUAGUCAGCUUCUGCCUCUUUGCGAACUACGCAGAUAUCAAGCACGCGUGCCAAUACUAUAGUAAAGCACAGAAGCAAGGGACAUUGGAAUACAUUCUCGUGGACCCUCCUACGCUUCAUGAUGCGAAUGGAACACAGGAAACCGGCUAUAGACUAAUCUCCACGGAGUCCCAAGCUAUUGCCCUUAGCUACGCUGACUUAGGAGCUGCGAUGUGUGAGAUUGCCUAUCGCCACGACGAGUUCCACGGGCGCGCGGUGGGUGUAACCGCCACUGGUCGUGUCCAUCAAACCUGGGGAGUCCUACUGCGUCAUCUAUUGGAAGGCGGAUCGUCUCGUUUGAUGGAGAAAACAACGAAGGAAACAGUGGUUGUCGGAGUGAUGUGUGUUUUUCUGGUGGUAUGGGCGUGUCUCAAGUGA